AUGGAUAGAGAUGAGAUAUGCUUUUUCGACUUGAUUGAUCGAUCGAGGGUUCUAGCACUAUAUGCUACCGAGGUUGAGCGGCAUGAUGAUGAGAACCAGAACACAUCAGGUGAUGGCGACGAAGUACCUAGUAAACGAAAGGGGACUGUUUUAACACGUGUUUGGGAUCUACUUGGAGGAGAUCAAAUAGUAGUAAGAUGUAAUAUGCUUGGACAACCCAUUGAAAAAGAAGGUGGCCUUUUAGGACAAUUUUUGGGCACCAUAGCAAGAAAUGGUGGUUAUUGUCCUGUUGGUGCCAAAAAUUGGAGAGAAGUUAAGAAAAACAAUGCAGAAACCAUAAUUCAAUUCAUUCAGACAAAGUUCUUAUAUCCUCAUUCAUGUGAGAAAUGGAUAUUGAAAUCAAUUGGAAGAGAUUGGAGAAAAUACAAGGCAACAUUAAAAAAGUCACUAUUUAAUCCAAAGAAGAAAAAGUCUGUUUUGAACAAGCGUUGUCCAGAUGAUAUCGAUGAAGAUCAAUGGAAGGCCCUAGUAAAAUAUUGGAAGUCCAGCGAAGGACAAACCCUAAGUGAGAAGAACAAAAUAAGUUGUCAAAUGAAGAAGACAACACACACAGCCAGUACAAAGAGUUAUGCUCGUUGGUAUGAGGACAUGGUUGAACUAGAACAUCUCCUAGACACACAACCAGAGUUAGCACAAAAUAGUGAGGGAGGAGUUGCAUUGGAAGAGACUCACAUGUUGGAGGAAAUAAGGCAACUUAAAGAGCAUUCUAGAAUGCAAGACAAAGUUAUUGAAGAACUAAAAAACAAUCAAAGGCACCAUGAGAACCAAGAAGCAACAAUGGGAAAUUGUGCUAGGAGUGAUCAUAACAAUUCUCAGAAUCAAGCGGUGCUUUCUAAAAGAAAGAGAGUUCACUGUGUUGCACCCAACCAGAAUGAUGGAUUCCUUGAACACAGGGAUGAAUUAAAUAAAGAAAAAAGUGAGUCUGAAUAUAGUGAUGAUGACAGUCUACUUUUAUCCACCACAAGUAAAACAACAAAGAAACAAAAGGGUCAUCAUGGAGGGCCUGGAGAGACUACAACCAUUGCACACCAGGAGGUGGCUCAUGAUAAGGUUACAUGCAACAAGCGUCAAGCACCUAAACAACUUCCUGUAAUGAAGGUGGCGCCCGGGGGCGACUCGGAGCCGGAGCCAGAGGCGGACCCGUCCGAGGCGUCGGGGAGGCAGCUGUCGGACGAGGCCCUGGUGGAGGACCUCCUCGCCGCCGUCGCCUCCGCGCGGUCGUUCCAGGAGUUCCGCCGCUCGCAGCGCAAGGAGUCCUUCGGCCUCCAGCGCUGGCUCCAGCUCGUGCUCCCGCUCAUCCAGGAGAUCCACGAGAUCGGCCCGUCCCUCACCGAUGACGCCUACCGCUGCCUCGCCCUCCUCGGCCGCGCAUUCCACGCCGCUCGCCGCCUCCUCCGCUGCUGCCACGACGGCAGCAAGAUCUUCCUGGCUUUGGAGAGCGAGGCUGUGCUCGGGCGGUUCAGGGCCGUGUAUGAGAAGAUGAAUCUUGCAUUGGAUGGGAUGCCUUACUCUGAGAUUGGCAUUUCUGAUGAAGUCAAGGAACAGGUUGAGCUCAUCAAUGCACAAUUGAAGAGAUGCAAGAAGAGAAGUGAUACUCAGGACAUGGAGCUCUCCAUGGAUUUUAUGAUGAUACUCCAGAACAAGGAGGAUGGAAAUGCAGAUAGAGCUAUAUUGGAAAGGCUAGCCAAGAAGCUCGAGCUGCAAAGCCUGGCGGAUUUGAGAGCAGAGACUAUGGCCAUUAAAAAGCUUAUCAACGAGAGGAAUGGCCAGCAACUGGAAAGCACCAAGCACAUAAUAGAACUCCUCAACAAGUUCAAGGAGAUUGCAGGCAUCGACGAAAAGAACAUCCUUGGGGAUGUUUCCAUACCAAAAUAUCUAGAGAAAUGCCCAUCUUUGAUGAUCCCAAAUGAAUUCCUUUGUCCAAUAUCACUCGAGAUCAUGACUGACCCUGUCAUCAUUGCGAGUGGGAGGACUUAUGAGAGAAGAAGUAUCCAGAAGUGGUUAGAUGCUGGCCAGCGGACCUGCCCAAAGACGCAGCAACCAUUAGCUCAUCUGUCACUGGCACCAAACUUUGCGGUGAAAAACUUGAUCUUGCAGUGGUGUGAAAAGAAUAAAGUUGAGAUUCAGAUGGGAGAAUCUGAGCCUGUAGCCGAACAGGAAGAUCGCAAAGAAGACAUUCCAAAGCUAGUGAAAGAUCUGUCCUCUGUUCAUCUUGAUGUGCAGCGGAAGGCUGCCAAGAAGAUCCGGACACUUUCCAAAGAAAACCCAGAGAAUAGAGCACUGGUCAUUGAGAAUGGUGGGCUCCCUGCUCUUAUUAGCUUGGUGUCCUAUCCUGAUAAGAAGAUCCAGGAGAACACUGUUACUGCAUUGUUGAACUUAUCGAUUGAUGAGACCAGCAAAGUUCUGAUAGCAAAAGGAGGAGCGUUACCUUUGAUCAUUGAAGUCCUUAGGAAUGGCAGCGUUGAAGCUCCUUUAGUGGCCCUCUUAAGGGAUGGGACAAUAAGAGGCAAGAAAGAUGCUGCUACAGCACUCUUUAAUCUGAUACUGAACCAUCCGAACAAAUUGAGGGCUAUUGAAGCAGGAAUCGUGGCUACUUUGCUGAAAAUACUCGGCGACAAGAAACUGGACAUGAUAGACGAAGCACUGUCCAUUUUUCUCCUCCUAGCAUCGCAUCCUGGUUGUCGAAGUGAAGUGGGGACAACGUCUUUUGUUGAGAUAUUUGUUCAGAUCACAAAGGAAGGGACUCCCAAGAACAAGGAGUGUGCACUUUCUGUUCUCCUCGAGCUAGGUCUGCAUAACAACUCCCUUAUGGUGCACGCACUUGGAUUGGGUCUACAGGAACAUCUAUCUGAUAUUGCAAAGACAGGUACAAGUAGAGCGCAGAGGAAAGCCAACUCUUUGAUUCAGCUUUCUCGCAAGUGCUCAUAA